AUGAGUGAGAACUUGAAACAAGACUACGUCGUUUCAGCAGAGAUCGGCCGGGGAAGAUUCGGCACAGUUUCCCGGUGCUUCUCUGUUGACUCUGGCGGGUCUUUUGCCGUUAAAUCCAUCGACAAAGUGGUCAUAACCGCCGGCGGUGACCCCCUCGAUGCGCAAUGCCUGUUAACGGAGCCCAGGAUCCUUCAGCUUCUGUCCCCUCACCCUCACAUCGUGAAUCUCCAUGGCCUCUACGAAGACGACACGCACCUCCACAUGGUCCUCGACCUCUGCUACGAAUCGGACCUCCACCGCGGGGUCAUGCCCGAGCCCGAGGCUGCCGCUGUUAUGUACCAGCUCAUGCAAGCCGUGGCUCACUGUAACCGGCUCGGCGUGGCUCACCGUGACAUAAAACCCGACAACAUUCUUUUCGAUGACAAUAAUCGGCUCAAGCUAGCCGACCUCGGCUCGGCUGAGAUUUUCAAGGAGGACGAGCCGAUGAGUGGGGUGGUGGGGACGCCGCAUUACGUGGCGCCGGAGGUCCUCGCCGGAAGGGACUACACCGAGAAGAUCGACGUGUGGAGCGCCGGUGUCGUUUUGUAUGUAAUGUUGGCCGGGUUUCCGCCGUUUCGGGGCGAUUCCCCGGUGGAGAUUUUUGAGGCUGUGCUUCGAGCCAACUUGAGGUUUCCGAGCCGAGUUUUUUCCUCCGUGUCAUCGGUGGCAAAGGAUCUGCUUCGUAGAAUGCUGUGUAAAGACGUUUCUAGAAGGUUAUCAGCAGAACAAGUUCUGAGGCACCCGUGGUUUAGCAUUGCUGAACAGAACAUAGCGACAGUGUGAGUUAGUGACUCAUCUUGACAUGGAA